AUGAAGAGAGCAACCAGGGAGAGAGGGAGCCAGACCAUCACGCUGUUCAGGGAGCCGGGAAGGGGCUCCUCUGUAAUGGAGCAGCCAAACGCCGGCCAGGGAGUCAUCCUGUUCCAUCUGGUGCAGGACAAGGACCUUGAGAGAAGGAGAAGUGAGCUCCAAGAUGUGGUGAAGUGUGGCUCGCUGAACCAGGUCGCCCACAAAAGGGGAAAUGACCGACUUCCCUCAAGGUUCACGCCAGGGCCUGAGCUGGUGGCGGAGCUCCCUCCUAAGCAGGUGUUAGCUGAUUUCUGUUCCCUCAGCGUUUGGGGCCAUUACUGUAACACUCAUUGCUCUUCUGUCUGUUUUUGCUUUUUUCUCUCCGAAGGGUCCAGUUUGCACGGAGCGGAGUUCGGACACCUGCCGGAUAACAUCACGGUGUUGGAGGGAGAAAGCGUCAUUUUGAGAUGCCGGAUCAACGAGGAGGUCACCCACAAGGCCUGGCUGAACCGCUCCAACAUCCUGUUCGCGGGGAAGGACAAGUGGUCGCUGGACAAACGCGUGACGAUGGUCAACAGCAACGACAGCGACUUCUCCAUCAACAUCGACAACGUGCAAGUGACCGACGAGGGGCCGUACACCUGCACCUUCCAGGCCAACAACCAGCCGCACAUCGCCCACGUCUACCUCAUCGUCCAAGUGCCGGCCAGAAUCGUCAACAUCUCCAAGAACGUGUCGGUGAAUGAGGGAGAGAACGUGAACCUCCACUGUCUGGCCGUGGGUCGGCCUGAGCCCACCGUCACCUGGAAGGACCAGAAAUAUGGGCUGGUGAGCGAGGGGGAGUUCCUCGACAUCACGGAGAUCAAGAGGCAGCAGGCCGAGGACUACGAGUGCAUCACCAACAACGGAGUGGCUCCAGCUGAUCAGCGCAAGGUCAAGGUCACGGUGAACUACCCUCCGAUGAUCACGGACAUGAAGAACAUGCCGGCUCAUAUGGGGAAGACGGCCAUCUUGCGCUGUGAAGCCAUGGCGGUGCCACCAGCCUCCUUCGAGUGGUACAGAGACGACCACAGGCCGGUGGAGAGUGACAACACCCUGAGGAUCAAGAACGAGAAGACGCGCUCGCUGCUGCUUUUCACCAACGUGACGGAGAAACACUUUGGCAACUACACCUGCUUCGCCUCAAACCGCCUGGGCGCCUCCAACGCCAGCAUGCUGCUGUUCCGACCGGGGGCCAUAAGCGGGCGAGCGACGGCCCUACACGCAGGGCUGAGCGCCGGCGUCUGGGUUUCUCUCCUCGCCGCUCUCCUGCUGAAGGUGUGA